ACGCACACCCUCCCCCGAGCGCCGCACAGGCCCAUAAAGCGGGAGCCCGUCGGGCCGGCCCCGCCAGAGCGCGCCCUCAGAGUCCCCGCUGCGGAGCUCCCGGCGCGGCGUCGGGCCGCCACCGCUCCCCGCCCGCCACCGCUCCCCGCCCGCCCCAGCCCCCCGCGCGCCCCGACCGCAGCCACCAUGCCCCGGGCUUUCCUCGUCAAGAAGCCCUGCGUCUCCACGGGCAAGCGCAACUGGAGCGAGCUCCCGGACGAGGAGCGCGGCGAGAUCUACGUGCCCGUCAGCCUCGGCUUCUGCCCGCCACAGCCCUACCGCGACCUGGAGGCGUCGGUGGCCGAGCCUCCCUCCUGUCCGCUGGCCCUGGACAUGAGCCUCCGGGAGCCCGGCUAUGGCGCGGCCCCCGGGCCCUGCGUGGUGGCCCAGCUGCCGCCGGAAGAUCUGGGCCGCUUGCCUGAUCCUCAGAGCCACGAGCACGGUUUUCUGCGGCCCAAGAUGAAGGUGACCAUGGGAGACGGGCCCAGCGGCGAGCUCUUCACCUGCCACAUUUGCCACAAGGCCUUCACCUACCAGCGCAUGCUGAACCGGCACAUGAAGUGCCACAACGAUGUCAAGAGGCACCUGUGCACCUACUGCGGGAAGGGCUUCAACGACACCUUCGACCUCAAGAGACACGUGCGCACGCACACCGGCGUGCGGCCCUACAAGUGCAGCCUGUGCGACAAGGCCUUCACCCAGCGCUGCUCCCUCGAGUCCCACCUCAAGAAGAUCCACGGCGUGCAGCAGAAGUACGCCUACAAGGAGCGGCGCGCCAAGCUCUACGUGUGCGAGGAGUGCGGCUGCACCUCCGACAGCCAGGAGGGCCACGUGCUGCACCUCAGGGAGCACCACCCGGACAGCCCGCUGCUGCGCAAGAGCUCCAAGAAGGUGGCGGGCGCCCUGCAGGGCCCGGUCACCGCCCUGCUGCAGAACCACCACCACCUCUAAGCUCAGGUAGGCCGGCCCUCGCCUGGCUGGAGGGGGGACCGGGCCCGGCGCCCCUGAGCCCGGCAGGAGGCGGAGACCCCCGGCCGUCCCUGCGCAGCCAGGAUUUCCCCUCCUUCUCCCAACAAGGCUUCCGCCUCUGCCUUUGGCCCCUCCAGCACAGGACUUGAGGACGGUGGGUGAGCCGCGGGGCCUGGGCGAGUGGCCGCCGGCUACCAGAGACUUGGCGUUCCGGAGCGUUUGAAGAAAGACGCUCGAUGCAGGAAGUUGGCAGCGGCGGGAGGCUGACUCCUGCCCCCACAGGACGCAGGGCUUGUCCCCACAAGGGUGCGGAGACGGCCGCACGUCCGCGGGCCUCCCAAGGCAUGUGCUCGUUUGCAAAGCCAACAAAUGUACAGAUAGUAAUAUAUUUUUGGUGCUAAUGGAGAUCUUUUUCAAAGAUGGAAAGAGCUAGUUCUCGCCCAUCCCUACCUCCUCUGUGGCUCAUCACUAUGGGCCGCUGUUCGGCCGCCCCGUCCGGCCCCCCGCCCCCCUUCCCGGGGACCGUCUCCCGGCGGUUUCCCAGCAUCCGUCUGGAUGAGGCAGGAGCCUCAUGGCCUCUGCCGCCCCUCCUUGUGCCCCCGACAGCUUCCUGGCUCUGCUCCCCCCCCCCAUAAAUAAGCAACAAGUCUGGGCACUCACCACUCCAGUGCCUUCUCCUGGCCCAAGCCAGGGACAGGCGAGCUGCGAUGUUCGGGCCUCCAUCACCCACCUGAAAGCGAGGAGCACAGACGGGGCUCAGACGGAGCGAGAGGUUCGUCUGCUCCGACGCUGAAGCUCUGGGAGCUGGGGCAUGGGGCGGGCGGGACCCUUGGUUUCUGGGAAGGCCCUGCUCCCUCCCGGGACAGAGAGAGGAAGGCCCAGACCUGUCCCCACCCAUCAGGCCAGAAGGAGCCUCCUCUCGCAGAAGCCGGGCUCCUCCUUCCCCAAGUCCCAGUUUACAGAUGGAGAUGCACUCGCUCAGUUCUCAACUGUUUCUGCUGUUUAAGUUAGAAAGGAUAUUCAUUUGCCUUCUCCACCAAUAAAGGGCGUGCCCCAUUUCCAAUAAAGGGGGACGGGCGCUGCCAGUUGGCGUGCCCCAUCGCCAGAAUCAUACUUGAGAGGGGAUUUUUCUGAGGGUUUUCUUCCUUUGCGCCCGGUGGGGGGGGGGGGGCGGAGCUGUUGCCGAGAGACAAUCCCCAAGAAUUUGGACUUGCUGCGAGGGCCGCUCGACGGCCAGGCCCAAGCUGAGCAGACGCCCGGCCAGUCCCCGGGCACCCAUCGUCGGUCUGCAGUCUGUGUCAGCCGGAAGUCUCACUAGGGACAGAGGCAUCCUCCGUCCCCUCGACAGUAACUGGGCAGUGGGUGAAGGCCCGAGAGCCCAAGCUGGGACAGGCGCCCAAGGCCAUUCUGUCCAUCGUCCUCGUGGCUGCUGGUGCGUCCAGAUCACCUCCCUGGGAAAUUGUUCAGAGGCCCCUGUUGGGAAUCUGGGGCUGGGGUCCCGACAGCAGCCUUGGUUUGUUUACACGUUUUUGUCACUAGGCACUGGCUCUGUGGGUCAGUCGCAAGGUUCUGUAUUUCUGUUUGAUUUUGUAACUGUUUUUCUGUUCGUUAUUAAAAUCUAAGACCUUC